AUGGCACCUGUCCUUCUUGCUCCCGAAAUCUUCCAGCGCAUCAUCUUCUUUCUAACUCACGAUUCUCGCCCCGGCUUCGAAUUCCAUCCUCCUGUGUUUUGGAACAGACGCCCAGACGCUCAUCAGUAUGCCAGUGUCAGUCGCUUCUGGCAAGACGAGAUUGAGCGGGAGACUUUUGCCUACCUGCAUCUUGACUUGCAUCGACUCUCACAGCUCAACUCCAACGUGACGGCGCGGCGCCGUGCGUAUGUGCGCAACAUCCGGCUUCACAUCAAGCUGCCCGAGCCUGGGCCGUGGCGAAGCAGGGAGACUGAUGACGAGAAGUUACGCAACAACCAGGCAUUUCAAGCAGUGUUGGAAGCAUUCCUGCAGUCUUUGAGCCAGUGGGAUGCGGCCGAGGUGCACAGAGAUGGUAUCGAGCUCACUUUUUACGUGCCUAUGCCGCCUGAGGAUCCGCCUAUUGAGCUGCACGGGACAGGAAGGAUAUCGCUAGGCCAUUGGGAACCGAGAUAUAGAAAAUCGGUGCUGGAGCUGACCGAUCCUGAGCGUAUUGCGCGAUUACCCUCUGCUGUAGCCAUAACUAAACUUGGAAUGUCCGAGCCAUCAUAUCGACAGAGAAAUCUCUCUGUGGUCGCCAUUUGUGCUUUGUUAGCGAAGUUACCAGCAACAAGAGCUGUGUUGCUCGAGUGGUGGAAAACGUUAACAUUUGCAAGCAUUCGAAAUGAUAUUGCUGAUGCUUUGUCUCAAAUUGGCCAUCCAAUCGAUGAAUUUAACUUGUGCGACUCGCACUAUGACAUUGCUAACCAGACUCUGCCAUCUGCGGGAACUGAGGUGUUGAGAGAAGGGGACGAAGAUAGACUGUCAAAGUCCCUCCACGUCCUAUCUCAACGCGUUAAAGAUUUCGGCAUUCGAAUGAUUCCAGUCAAUGAUGAAAUAUUCUUUCCUCGAGCGAUUCCUGAAGGUUUGGUAGAGCCGAGAUGGGACCGACUCGUCGACUUCAUCUUACACUACCCGCCAUUUGACCCCUGUGGCGAACUUCUCUUUCUUCCCGACCCAUAUAGAGAUGGAUCCUCUUCUGAGAGUGUAUCCUCAGUAGAUUCUGAUCUGCCAAGCCUCUCGACAGAGGCGUCGUCGCCCACCCUAGACAUUGCAACUCCAGCCAUACAGCGGUUUUACCUCUCCGCAGCACGCGCGGCCUUGCAGAUGCCUGUACUAAGACAAAUGGACCUCGUGGCAGAGCUGGGAUAUGGACGAUAUUGGCAUGCAUUUCGGUAUUUCAUACAAGGAUCUUCAGCAACGGCGACUUGGACGAGCAGCUCUGGUUUUGUCCCAGAAGAUGAAGUAUUAGAGCACUGGCACAAGGUGCCAAAGAAAACUCUGCAAUCGGAGCUCAAUGUGGUAUACUCGGGUGACAGGAAUGCUUUAUACAUGUAG